AUGGUCGUCUGUCAGAAGAAUCAGGCAUCGGGGUCUUAUGGCACCGCACCUGUCACCGAAUCGGAACCGGAGAGCCGGGACAGUAUCAAACUGCACCAGGAGCAUCAGGGGGUCAGCUUUUCAAGAGAUGGAUUCGACAAAUAUAAGGAGAAUGGGACUCUUGACGCGAGGCCCCCACAGAAGCAGGCCUAUGAGAAUUUGGCCUACGAGCCGGGCAGCCAGAAUGAGGUGUACCCUCAGCCCGGCGACCGCGCCAGCGCCACCGUCCAUAUCACGGGCAUGUCGUGCCAGUCCUGCGCCCAGGCCAUCGAGGGGAGGCUCUCCAGUUUGGGAGGGGUGGUGGCUGCGCAGGUGUCCCUGGCCCACAGCCAGGCCCAGGUGGAGUUCAAUCGCUCCGCUGUCACCGUGGAGCAGAUCUGCCGGCAGAUCCAUGGGAUGGGCUACGAGGCAGUGGAGGUCACGCCCGGAGAGGCCCAGGCGAAGAUCCAGGUGGAGGGCAUGACCUGUCAGUCCUGCGUGAGCUCCAUCGAGGGGCGGGUGGGCCAGCUGCCGGGGGUGCUGGGGAUCAAGGUGUCGCUGGCCAAUCGUGAGGCCGUCGUGCAGUACGAGCCCCGCCUGGUCCAGCCAGAGGAGCUGAGGGCCCACAUCGAGGAGAUGGGGUUCGAUGCGGCCCUCACAGAUGAACCCCCCCGCCUCGGGCUGGCUCCUGAGGAGCCAGAGCGCCCUCCACAGGAGAGAGGAGUGAAUGAGCAGACCUCGGGCGUGGGUGUUACCGGGGAGUGGCGCAGCAUGACGCUGGCGGUGGCGGGAAUGCACUGCAGAUCCUGCGUCACCAACAUCAGCGCACAUCUGGUGGGGAGGCCGGGCGUGCGCCACGUCUCCGUCUCCCUGGAGACCGGGAGCGUCGACCUGCAGUACGACCCUUCCCGCAUCACCCUGGAGUCACUGAAGCAGGGCAUCGAGAGCCUGCCUCCGGGAGAUUUCAAGGUGACGGCGCCCGACGAACCGCCACACGUCUCUGUGAUCAGGACUCGGGACGCUGGCCAGGUGACCUUGCAGACUGUCGUGGUGGCCAUCGUGGGGAUGACCUGCCAGUCUUGUGUGCAGACCAUUGAGGGACAGAUUUCCCAGAAGGCUGGCGUGUGCUCCAUACAAGUGUCUCUCUCCGAGGGCAAGGGGACUAUCCAGUAUGACCCCAGCGUCACUCAUCCCGAGGACCUGAGGAUAGCCAUCGAGGACAUGGGCUUUGACGCUACAGUAACAGGCCAGUUUGUUUCUGAGGGCCCCAGCUCUGUUGGGACGGGACAGAAGCCCUCAGAACACGCUGACGAUACGGCCGGCCCUCAGUCCCGGACCCCCUCCCGCAGUCACCCCCCGGGCCCCACCCUCUGGCGCUCGAAGCCGUCCGAGGCGGCCGGCACCCAUAACUCAGAGGAGACGAGGACCCAGAAGUGCUUCAUCCGUGUGACGGGCAUGACCUGCGCCUCCUGUGUGGCCAACAUAGAGAGGAACCUCCAGAAGCACAAAGGGAUUGUGUCGGUUCUGGUGGCUCUCAUGGCGGGCAAGGCCGAGGUGAAGUACGACCCGCGGGUUCUGGACACGGCCCGGAUCACGCGACUCAUUGAGGACCUGGGCUUUGGUGCCACCCUGAUCGAGGACAACGCUGUUAUGGAUGGGAAGCUGGACCUCAUUAUCACAGGGAUGACGUGUGCUUCCUGCGUCCACAACAUUGAGACCAAGCUGACCAGGACCAAAGGCAUACUGGAGGCCUCCGUUGCUCUGGCAACUAGCAAAGGUCAUGUGAAGUUUGACCCAGAAGUUCUCGGAGCUCGGGAUAUUAUCAGAAUUAUUGAGGGCCUGGGCUUUGGGGCUUCAGUGAUGAAGAGCGAAAGGAUUGGCUCCAACCUGGACCACCAGGAGGAGAUUCGACAGUGGAAGAACUCCUUCCUGUUCAGCCUGGUGUUUGGGGUGCCGGUCAUGGGCCUCAUGAUCUACAUGAUGGUGAUGGACAGUCAGCACAAGGCCCAUGGAGGCUCCAUGCCCCCCGAGCAGAACCUGCUGCCCGGCCUCUCCAUCCUCAACCUGGCCUUCUUCCUGCUCUGUACACCGGUCCAGUUUUUGGGGGGUCGGUACUUCUACAUCCAGGCCUACAGGUCCCUGAAACACAAGACGGCCAACAUGGACGUCCUGAUCGUGCUGGCCACCUCCAUCUCCUACGUCUACUCCUGCGUGGUCCUCCUGGUUGCCAUGGCCGAGAGGGCGGAGCACAGUCCUGUCACGUUCUUCGACACCCCACCCAUGCUGUUUGUCUUCAUCGCCCUUGGGCGCUGGCUGGAGCAUGUGGCUAAGAGUAAGACAUCUGAAGCUCUGGCCAAGCUGAUGUCCCUUCAGGCCACCGAUGCCACAGUGGUGACGCUAGGCACAGAUAACUCCAUACUCAGUGAGGAGCAGGUGUCAGUGGAGCUGGUUCAGAGGGGUGAUGUUGUGAAGGUGGUGCCUGGGGGGAAGUUCCCUGUGGAUGGCAAAGUGAUUGAUGGAAGCUCCAUGGCAGAUGAGUCUCUCAUUACAGGGGAGCCCAUGCCGGUCACUAAGAAGCCGGGCAGCACCGUGAUCGCGGGCUCCAUCAAUGGCCACGGCUCCCUGCUGGUGCAGGCCACCCAUGUGGGAGCUGACACCACCCUCUGCCAGAUCGUCAAGCUGGUGGAGGAGGCACAGACCUCCAAGGCCCCAAUCCAGCAGUUUGCGGAUAGACUGAGUGGGUACUUCGUCCCCUUCAUUGUCAUCGUCUCUGUGCUGACGCUUUUAGCCUGGAUCAUCAUCGGUUUUGUGAAUUUUGAUAUUGUGGCGGAGUAUUUUCCCGGGUACGAUAAGAACAUCCCUCGCACAGACGUGAUCGUCCGCUUCGCCUUCCAGGCCUCCAUCACCGUGCUGUCCAUCGCCUGCCCCUGCUCCCUGGGCCUGGCCACGCCCACCGCCGUCAUGGUGGGCACGGGCGUGGGAGCGCAGAACGGCAUCCUCAUUAAGGGAGGGGAGCCGCUGGAGAUGGCACACAAGAUCAAGGUGGUGAUGUUUGACAAGACGGGCACCAUCACGAACGGCGUGCCGCGGGUGACGCGGGUGCUGGUGCUGUGGGAGCGGGCGCGGCUGCCCCUGCGCAAGGUGCUGGCGGUGGUGGGCACCGCGGAGGCCAGCAGCGAGCACCCGCUCGGCAUGGCUGUGGCCAAGUACUGCAAAGAGGAGCUAGACACAGAUAUGCUGGGGUAUUGCAGAGACUUUCAGGCAGUCCCAGGCUGCGGGAUCAGCUGUAAGGUCUCUAACAUCGAGGAGCUCCUCCUGGCCAGCCCGAAUGCCCACAACGCUGAGAACACCUUUCUGACCAUCCAGGGGGUCACCACGGACGAAAGUAGCCUGGUCAUUGACCCUGAUCCUGCAGGUGCAUCCUCAUCCCCCUCUUACUCUGUGUUGAUUGGGAACAGAGAAUGGAUGAGGCGCAAUGGCCUGCACAUCAAUGCGGACGUCGAUGAUGCCAUGUCCAGCCACGAGACCAAGGGACAGACUGCCAUCCUGGUGGCCAUAGAUGGUGUGCUGUGCGCUAUGCUGGCCAUCGCCGACACGGUGAAGGCGGAGUCUGCGCUGGCGGUCCACACCCUGAACAGCAUGGGCAUCGAUGUGGUGAUGAUCACCGGGGACAACCGCCGAACAGCCACAGCCAUUGCCGCGCAGGUGGGCAUCAGGAAGGUGUUCGCGGAGGUGCUGCCCUCACACAAGGUGGCCAAGGUGCAGGAGCUGCAGGAGCGAGGGCUGAAGGUGGCCAUGGUGGGCGACGGGGUCAACGACUCGCCCGCCCUCGCCCGGGCCGACGUGGGCAUCGCCAUCGGAACGGGCACCGACGUUGCCAUCGAGGCGGCCGACGUGGUCCUCAUCAGGAACGAUCUUCUGGACGUUGUGGCCAGUAUCGAGCUGUCCAAAAAAACGGUACAGAGGAUACGGAUUAACUUCGUCUUUGCACUGAUCUACAACCUUCUGGGGAUUCCGAUUGCAGCUGGAGUCUUCAUGCCUGUGGGUUUGGUGCUGCAGCCGUGGAUGGGAUCUGCAGCAAUGGCUGCCUCCUCUGUCUCUGUGGUGGUGUCGUCCCUGCUGCUCAAACUGUACAGAAAGACCUCGGUGGAGCGGUACGAGGUGCGGGCUCAGGGCCACAUGAAGAGCCUGAGCCCGUCCCAGGUGAGCACGCACGUGGGCCUGGACGACCGGCGUCGCAGCCCCCCCGCCCCCAGCGUGUGGGACCGCCUCGGCCGCGGCAGCCUCCGCUCCCUGUCCUCCUCGCUGUCCGACCGGGCAUCCGGCCGCGGAGCAACCUCCAUCCAGGACAGGACGUCCCUGCUGGAAGCCAACCUCGCUGUGUAACGUGUGGGGAAGAGGGGGGUGGAAAAACAGGAGUGGCCACCAGGGGGAGCUGUCAGUUCACAGCACCGGAGGGAGACGCUGUAUACCGGGAGACACACUUUGAUUCACGUCCCACCUCUCUCCCCACGAUCCAAAAGGGCUUUACAGGACCUCAACAUGUUGCAACUGUACAGACUGGGGUUAUGGAGGAGCCAUUUUAUAGCAGC